UAGGGUAGAGUAGAGCAGAGCACAUUGAAAACCAAUUAACCCCACACCAUCUUCUUUCUCUCUUUCAAUGCUGCAAACCUUAUUUGGACAUCCUUACAAGAAAAAGUGAUCAAAUAGGAAUCUUGAUUCCUAACCUCAAAAAUGGAGAAAAUCUGUCUACUGGCUUUUCUCAUUUUCCAAAUAAUUGCAGCUGAAGCUGACAUCAGUGUGGGUGGUGGUGUUGGUGUUAAUAUUGGCACUGGUGGUGGUGGUGGUGGUGGUGUGUGGAUUGGUGGAGGGAUCAAUGGGCAACCCCCAUCUGGGGGGUCUUCAGUUUCAAAGCUGAACAAGGCUUACACUGCUCUCCAGGCAUGGAAAUCUGCAAUCACAGAUGACCCAUUGGGGAUUUUGAACACUUGGGUUGGCUCAAAUGUGUGUGCUUACAAGGGUGUGUUUUGUGCAGAUUCUCUAGAUUCUGAUCAAACUGAUGUGGUUGAGUACCCAACAGGGACAGUUGUUGCAGGCAUAGAUCUCAACCAUGCCAAUCUUCAAGGCAUUCUUGUGAAAGAACUCUCUCUCCUCACAGAUAUGUCUCUCCUUCACCUCAACAGCAAUAGAUUCACAGGCAGUGUGCCUGACACUUUGAAAGACCUCUCUUCUCUCACCGAGUUAGACCUCAGUAACAACCAGUUCUCUGGUCCAUUUCCAACUACAACUCUUUUUAUCCCUAACCUUAUUUAUUUGGACCUCAGAUUCAACAAAUUCACAGGACCCAUUCCUGAAGAUCUGUUUGACAAGAAAUUAGAUGCAAUCCUUAUCAAUAAUAAUCAGUUUGAUGGUGAAAUUCCUCCAAAUUUAGGGAAUUCCCCAGCUUCUGUCAUCAAUCUAGCCAACAACCAAUUAAAUGGUGAAAUCCCAUUUAGUUUUGGGUACAUGGGUCCAAGACUGAAGGAGAUUCUGUUCCUCAAUAACCAGCUGACAGGUUGCAUUCCAGAGGGAGUUGGGUUGUGGCAAGAUUUGCAAGUGUUUGAUGUGAGCUUCAAUUCACUGAUGGGUCAUUUGCCAGACUCAAUCUCUUGUUUGGGUGACAUUCAAGUUCUCAAUUUCGCACACAACAAGCUAUCGGGUGUGUUGCCGGACUUGGUUUGUUCGCUUAGAAGCCUUGUGAACUUGACAGUUUCUUACAAUUUCUUUUCUGGCUUCAGCCAAGAAUGUAGCAAGCUCUACUUUAGGAAUGUGGGUUUUGAUUUCUCUUUGAAUUGCAUUCCCGGUGGAAACAUGCAGAGGCCUCAACCAGAGUGUUCUGUCAUCCCUGGAGGUAGCUUGAAUUGUCUUAGAAUUCCUGCAACAAAGCCUCUUGUUUGUGGGGGAUUGGUCUCAAACCAAAAGACUAGUCCUAGUCCAUCAUCAUCUCCUUGAGAGAGAAAGAGAAACAAGAGAGAGAAACAGUACAGUAGUAACCAAUGUUGUAAAACAGGUUGGUGAUGGCUGUGUCUCAUUAACUCAGAUAUUAUUAUUCAUAGCUUCCAAAUUUAUUUCUUCAUGAAAUGAGUACAUUUAUUAAUUAUUAUA